UGUAAGAAUAGGGCAAACUCAGAAUUUUUCCUGCUGCGAUGUGCGCUCAAUCGCUCUCGGAUUCGGGGUCCGCGCGCUCCGACGCCGCCGUGGAAAUCGCCGCGUGCUCGCGGCAUCCUUCACGGAGUAAACAAACCAUAUUUCGGUGGGGUCAGUGUAUGUUUUGGUCUUUGGUCUCGGGACCGUGUUUCGGGGCAGCAGCAGUGCGCGGCCAUAAUGGCUACAAAAGGGCAGCGUGAAAAAAAUCACCAAGAUGGGGGACGUCGUCGUCGUUCGUCACGGCGUGAAAAGUGACCGUGAAAGUGGUGACGGGGUGUCGUGAAAAAAGCCAGACCAUAUGGCACGGAUCUCCGUGGUUCCGCCGUAGAUGACCCCCCAGCAAUCCGGAGUGGCCAAGGAAGGAUUUUCUUCCUUCGAAGAUCCCCCGCAAAUUUCCUUCGAGUUUCGUGAGUUCGGUGAAAAGCAGCAGCAAAGGAAGUAACAUCAACCAUGAACUCGGUGGAAGCGAUGGAUUUGAUCGACGAGGACCACCUCACGGGAUCUGAGGACGAUGACGACGAUGAUAAUCCGAGCAGUCCCGGAAGUGCGUACGACGACGGGAACCUGAUCAAUGUGGCCAUGGAGAACGAGGUGACGGCCCAGCUGGUGGCGGCCGGCGUGGUCGGAGUGGCUGCCGCGGCGGCCAUCACAUCGUCCAAGAAGAAAAAGCGACCGCACUCGUUCGAGACGAAUCCUUCCAUCCGGAAAAGGCAGCAGAACCGGCUGCUGAGGAAGUUGAGGCAAACCAUUUUCGAGUACGCAACGCGUGUGGGCCAACAAGCGGUCGUCCUGGUCGCCACUCCCGGCAAGCCCAACAACAUAUUCAAAGUGUUCGGCGCGAAACCGCUGGAGGACGUGCUGAAAAAUCUCCGCCCAAACGUGAUGGACAAGCUGGACGAAGCGCUGGCCGCCCAGGCCCCACCCCGCGUUCAGGACGACCCGUCGCUGUUCGAGCUGCCCCCGCUGAUCAUCGACGGAAUUCCGACCCCGGUGGAGAAGAUGACCCAGGCCCAGCUGCGCGCGUUCAUUCCGCUGAUGCUGAAGUACUCGACGGGGCGCGGGAAGCCGGGCUGGGGUCGGGACUCGACACGUCCGGGCUGGUGGCCCAAGGAGCUACCGUGGGCGAACGUGCGGAUGGACGCCCGGUCCGAGGACGAGAAGCAAAAGAUUAGCUGGACACACGCACUGCGGAAAAUUGUCAUCAACUGCUACAAAUAUCACGGUCGGGAGGAUCUGCUGCCAGCGUUCAGCGAAGAGGACGAAAAGGCCAACGCGCUUGCGACUGCAAACUCCACCGUUGAACAGAUCAAGAUUCAGAACACAAACGUUAUCACAACGAGUCCAACCAUCGUCAGCAGCAACGCUACGGCGGUGGCCAGCAGCAGCACAACCGGCCAGCAGAUCAUCAUCCAGCAGCAGUCCAGCGGGACGCCGACGAUCGUGACGACGGGCGGCGCCCAGGCGCAAACCCAGACCACCCACCAGAUCAUCAAGGAAAUGUCCGACGGCACAAUCCAGAUUCAGCAGCAACCCUCGCCCACGCAGACCCUGAACGCGCAGGUUUGCCUCGACUCGAUGGCGCUAAGCGAUGUGGAUUACACGCACACCGUUCUCCAGACCAUCCAGAACGCCGACGGCACGGUCUCCAUCAUCCAGGUUGAUCCCAACAAUCCAAUCAUCACACUUCCAGACGGAACCACUGCACAAGUACAAGGAAUCGCAACGCUUCAAGCCCAAAACGAUAACAACGUGCACACAAUUCAAACCAUUUCGGACGCACAGGGUGAAAGCAUGUCGGUGGAUCUGACCGAGGCCACGUUGGGCCAGGAUGGGCAGCUCAUCAUCACCGGAGAGGAUGGUCAAGAGUACUCCUACUCGGGCUUCCCGGUGAACGUCAGUGGCAUGAUAACGGUGCCGGUGUCCGCGCAGAUGUACCAGACCAUGGUGGCCAACAUGCUUCCGAACGGGGAUGGAACCGUGUGCAUAACCCCGAUGCAGGUACCUAACCAUCAAGGCUCUUCGCUAAACCUAAACACUAGAACGACAGUUUCCUCCCAAAACGUGACCAUUUCAACCAACAGCACUAGCAGUACCAGUAAUGUCAGUAAUGUUACCAACAGUCUCUUCCCCCUGACCAACACUAGCUUUAAUCUCAAUAGUUUAAAGAGGCCACGAAACGUACCUAACAUGGCCGCCACCAAUGCCAACAUGGCGGCCAACUUUGCCAGCCUGUUCAACCAGCAAGCAUUGGCCCAACAAUCGGCGAACCAAAGCAAAAAACCAAAUGUGAUAUCAACCAACAAUAACAGUAGCUUAAACAACAACAACCCCCUCAAAAUAACCAUCGCCAAAGAUCUGUUCGAAUCCGGGGACAAAGCAAUCCCAAAACCAACCCCGGUCCUUCCCCCGGGCGUCGUAAUCCUCAACGCCAAAGAUCUCCUUAACGAAAGCCUCCCCGCGCUGCUCGAGAAGCAAGUUCAGCUGGUCCGGGCCGAACUGGAAGCCGCCCAGCAGAGGCCACGUAGCGUAACGACCGUGCUGGACAGUUUGCCCUCGAGUCCGGCCAGCAGCCCUCCGCUGUUGGACACCAAAGACAUAACCAUCACGAGAAUUUAGAGUGCCUUCCCAACUAACAUUACUGACAUUUCUACAAUGAAUCAUACUGUUGUUUUACAGACUGAAUACUAACUAACCCCGAGACCAUCCCCAGCACUUCUUUCUUUACCCCGUACUUUCUUUUGUAAUUUAGAAAUUUUAAGUAACGUUGAUUACCGGUAGCUUUGGUUUGUUACUUUAUUUAGAGAGUAUAUUUUUGGGGUCAUUCCAUUUGAAGUGUGCAAAAAAAAAUGAAACUGAAUUUUCUGGUCAAGCUCAAAUAGGGGUCAUCAAAACAUAUUAGUUCUGAUUUUCGAUCUGAUCUUACAAUAUUUAGGUGCUUUUCAAAAAAUAGUAUUGAUUCCAAAAUUUUCUAAAUAUUUUUUCAAAAAGAUCACACAGAAAAAAAAAAUCUUGGUAAUAUUACAUCUGGGGUACAUCUUUUAUGUCAGAAAAAGGUGUAAUUUUACCUCUGGAAAUGUGUAAGUUUACCACUUUUCUGGUGCAAUGUUACUUUUUCAGUCUAAAUUGAGGUAAAAUUACAUCAUAAAAGAGGUAAUAUUCAACCUUCCAAAAUUACAGCUUCCAAAUUUACAUUAUUUUUUCUGUGCAGAAAAUUUCAAAAAUGUUUUAUUUUGUAGCAUUACAAAUUACAGAAUUUGAAAACUUCACAUUUCCUGAUUGUUUUUCUUGUAUUCGCUGGGUGUCAGCGACCAGGGGUCUAAAUUUGAAUGUUUCUUGGACGAAAUUUUCGGAAAUUUUCUGAACGUUUCACAAAAAUAUUUCCAGAAAUCGUCACUCAAGGGCACAAUUUCUGUUAAGUGCUUUUCGAUUGCAAAUCCAAAUUUACAUUUAAAACUUUUGCCAAAAAAAAAUCCCAUAAAACAUUUAAAAAAAUCUCUUAAAUAAAAACAACAAAUUUUGGGAAAUUGAUUUUCUGCAAAAAAAAAAUUAAAAUCAGUAAAAAAAAAUACGUGUACUCAGGCCUUUGCAAAUAUUUUUCAAAGUUUGUGUGCGGCCCUGGCCGGGGUCGAGGGAGAGGGGGUCAAAAAAAACGAAAAUUGUACUGACAAGCCAUAGCCUCAAAAUUUGAAUGAAAAAAGUGUUUUAAAAUGCAUUUUUUUUUUCAAUUGUUUUGCCAUCAUUUGUUUCAAAAAAUAUCAAGACUUGACGAAAACAAAAAAAAUAGCGAAAAAAAACUUUUUGUGCUACUUACAGUUUUAAAUAACACCAAACAUGAUUUAUUUUACUUUUUUGAAAAAAAUAAUUUUGCCCCCUGAUUUUUCGCUCCGAUUUUGAAGGGGGGGAGGGGUGCCGAAAACUUUUUAAAAUAUUUGUACCAGCCUAAUUUGUUUCUGAAUAGUCCACAUCAAUGUCUAAAACUUUUCAAAAAAAAAAUAAUUUUGCCCCCUGAUUUUUCGCUCCGAUUUUGAAGGGGGGGAGGGGUGCCGAAAACUUUUUAAAAUAUUUGUACCAGCCUAAUUUGUUUCUGAAUAGUCCACAUCAAUGUCUAAAACUUUUCAAAAAAAAAAAAAAAACUUUCCAAAGACACCAAAUUGAUCAGAAAAAUUUCUUCAAUAGAUUCAGAUUUUCGAAUAUUUAUGAUCCAUUUUUGUAUGGACAGCUGCCAAAAAUGUAUGGAGACUUGAAUGGGUGGAUAGGAAAGGCCCAAAUACAAAAAUACAAAUAAAACCCAUUUCCGGAAUUCGGGGAGAAUUGCUUAUAUUUUUAUAAUAAUUUAUUACUUUUUCUAUGCUCUAUAUCCAGAACCGUCAUUGAAAGAUGACAGUCUUUUCUCACAAAGGUGAUGUUGUACAUGUUUUUGCAUACGAUUCCAACAUCGGAUUUUUUCUGUGUUAUUUUCAAGAUCAUUUGCUCAUAAACUCUAGCUUGUUAAACUGAAAUAAUUAUUUAAUUGUCGUUAACAAUGAUCUAGUUUUCUUGAUUUUUUCACAUAAGUAUUUCUUGAUAUUUUGUUUAUUGCAAAUUUCAUAAAUCUAAUCCUUAUAUUUCUUUCAGUGUUUUCAUUCUUUAGAAAAUUAGCUUCCCUACAAUUUUUUUUCAGAAUGUUGGCAUUCUUUCAAACAUAAACUGCAUCAACAACUUAUGAAUUAGUUAUUCUUCAAGAUUAUAAAAUCCUAUGAAGAAACCCGAAUCUUAGGAAAAACAUAUUUUGAAUUUCAAAUAAAAUUUGUAAAUACAUUCAAACAGAAAAAAAUUGUCACGUUUGUGCAAAAUGAAAAAAUCUUCCAAAAAUGUUGAAGAGUUUUUAUCUAAAUCAAAAUAUUAGAGUUUUUGGAGCAGUCAUGAUGCCGUGAAAAUAUUUAUUCAUAUUUAUUUUGUCAACAAAACUUAUGUGCUGUUCUUUAGCAAACAGAAACAAAAAAAAUAUUUUCAAUAAUUUUCGAGAAGUUCUGAGUUUGUUAUUCUUUAAAGCUAUUUAUUACUAAGCCGCAGAACCGAUAGCAUAAUGGCAUUGCUUUACUAUGUCAGCAUUAAAUGCCCAAUAAAAUUAAUGUAUUUUUCCCUUUUCAGAAAUUUUGUUUUAACGUUCCAAAAAAACAUCUUUUUAUUUGUUUCAAGUUGUUCAAAAUAUAUUUAAAAAUAACCAACACCGUUUAAAUCAUUAAAAAUGAGUUAUCUCUCCACUUGUAUUAAUUAUCAUUGUAGAAAAAAGUUCUAUCUAAACAAAUUAAGGAUGGAGAUUGAAAUCCACAAUCUCUUUUUUCUGAAAAUUAAAACAGUUUCACCAAAUUUGUGCUUAAUCAGAAAACUUUAAUAUCGUUGCUACUUCACUUCAAAUGAAAUGACCAUUUUACAUUAAUUUCCCCAUCAAACAAAGAUGUUCAUCGAUAGAUGAAACAAACCAAAAAUUCAACUGAUGAGUAGUGUAACUAAGUGUUUAAAAACUAAAACAUAAAUCUAAACGUCGAACGAUCAUCAUCAAUAUUUGUAAGAUUUUUGACUUGCAAUCGCUCGCAAUCAUAAUUCUAGUCAGCAAAUGUCUCUCAUACGCAGCUAAAUCAAAAAGGAAAAAUGUUCGGCAGGAAUGAAACAUCAAAAAGAAAGUGCAAUAAAUUACAAAUUAGUAACGAAACUAUUGUGACCAUCAGCCCAAGCUAUAAACACCGUCGUAGUCCAAAGCUAGCUAUUAAAGAUUUAAAUUUAACGAGCAGUUUAAUGAUUUUAGUUUUAAGAGUCAUGUUUGUUUUCAACCUUUGUGCCAUUCUUAGAAUAUGUUUUGUAGUUUAUUCUAUUUAUUUGUGUCCACGUAUGAUUUUGUGUGUAUUUUUUCUAAGUAUUUUAUUGAUUGUAAGUGUAGAGAUGUUUACAGCGAAAUAAAAAUCAUUUUUUAUUUUA